AUUGUGUGUCACAGGAGAUCCGUUCUUUGGAGGCAGGAGUGAGGCUGAUUGUGGAUUGCUGAGCACGGGCCUGAUUGAGAUGUCAUGUGGAGUAGCCGCCUGCUCAGAGGUGACAGGAAAUCAAACGAUCUAUGGCGUUUAGCUUUCAACACUUCGGCGCUUUAACAAGAGAAUGGAUGGAAACCCCAGCGACUAAGAAAUCAGGAGUGUCUUGACUUCAGUGGAGGAGUCUGAGGUUAUUUCACUCAGUUUACCGUCCCCCAGACAAUCACUGGUGGAGCUGAUUGCGGGGACUGGACUGGCUGUAUUCACAUACAAUACUUUGGAAGCAGUUUGAAAUCUACUAUCAAAAUAGUCAUUUGCUGGCUGUGUUUUAAAAGGAAUGUGAUUUCACAGUGUAGACAUGAAUGUAUGUAAUCUAUGUGUGUGUAUUUAAACAUGUAAAUCACUUUCAGUCCGUAUAAUUGGUAGAUUUUACUAUCAACCUUUAGGGAAGUUAUUGAAAAUCAGUAUGCUGUUAUUUCAGAGUAAAGUUCUGUUGACACAAAGUAUGAGUAAUCAUUCCCACUGGUAUUAUCAGUAGUUUUAUGACCGGCUUGAGAAUAUUUGACCCAACCAAAAGCCAACAGUGGCAGUAUGACUGGAUGACAUCGCCAUAACUGAGGGUAGGAUGCUGCUGUUGAACUCUAAUGGUUCAGAGGAUCUGCUGGGGAACCGCAGCGAUGCUGGGCUGGGCAAUGUGGAGCAGGUCCUCGUCCCCAUACUGGAUGUACUGAUUCUGGUGCUGGGAGUUGCGGGGCACACCAUGGUGAUGUUGAUCCUGUGUAGAAGGCGGAGAAGUGGGGUGAGACACUUUGGACAGUCCCCUCAGAGCUCCAUGACAGGCACGGGAACUGACGACCUCCUGCUCGCUCUGAGCACUGCAGACUUGCUUUUGCUCGCCAUGCUUCCCUUCCACACCGUUGCCAUAGCCAUGCAGGGAUGGCCGUUCGGAGACUUCAUGUGUCGUCUUGUGAGCUUCUUGGGAUCGGCCUGCUCCUCAGCCAGCGCCUUCACACUGGCCAUGCUGGCUGCCUCCCGCUAUCUGACUGUGGUGCGGCCUACCAGAGCUUUCAGCCUCCUCUCCCCUCGCCGUGUGUCUAUAGCUGUCGUGCUCCUCUGGGUCCCGGCCUGCUGCCUGGCUACUCCACAGCUGGUUUUUCGCUCUGUGGGAACCCCACGCCGAGCCCCUGACGACCUCGCUUGUUUUGCCUUCCUGUCCCACAGAGACAAGCUGAUCUAUGGAUUGUUUCACUUCCUUGUGGCCUUCUUGCUUCCACUGGUCACCAUUGCUGUGGCAUACGUCAGCAUCUACAUGUUCCUGUGGGGGAGGCAGCAUGCUGGCAGGGCCCCCCAAGUGGAGCGCUACCAGAGCAAAGUGACCAAGACGUCGGCCAUGUUGGUGCUGGCUUUUACGUUGUGCUGGCUGCCAUCCUACGGACUGACUCUGGCCUUAUUGGUGAAUGAAAACUCGGAUGCCACUGGUGCAUCCCCGCGCAACGGCCCCUUCAGUAUAUUUGCACGCCUCAUGGCGACCUCCUCUACGGUGAUGAACCCCAUCCUGUAUGUACUGAUGUCCCAAAAGUUCAGACAAGACCUACUGAGGCUGUUCAAGAGGAGAGGGCAAAGAGCCACUGUUGCUGUGGCUAUGGCAGCUGCCUGACAGUAUUAGCAUCAACAACUAGCUGGAUAUACCCGAACAUCUGACACACAAACACUGGGAAAAUCCUAAUCGGAAUCACAGUAAAACAAUUAUAAGCUAAGUAGAUUUGCUGAAAGACUGACGUGAAAAAAAUGGACUAACUCAUAAGGAAAGUCUAUUUAACAAGGCAAAGCAACUUUACUAACAACAGCAGGCAACAUUCAACAUCUUUGGCUCUCGACAACGCCCACUGGUUUACUGGAUAAUGUACAAGUAGAUCAAACCAGUAGUGCUGGGAGUUGAUGCUCCACAGGGACAGUGGGACAAACAAUCCUGAAUCAUGCAUUCCUUGUAAAACUGUUUAAAGUAAAACAUUAACGGAGCACCUGUUUUUUGUUGUGCUGAGACAAGGUCAUCUGUGAAUCUGUAGGCCUGUUUGUACUAAUAUACACUUUGUUCUCAAAGCUUUCAAUUUGUUUCUAAUUUUCUACAACUUCAGAAUAAGGGCUUCCUAGUUGUGUUUAGGUUCAAUGUGAGCGUUUUGGAAAAAGAAGAUUUCUGACUGGGGUGUUUGAUUUUU